AUGGCGAUCAAGCACAACAACCAGAUCCAGCACAACCAUUUCCGCAAGGAUUGGCAGCGCCGGGUCCGAUGCCACUUCGACCAGGCUACGCAGAAGAUCCGCCGCCGCUCCGUCCGUCGUGCGAAGGCUGCCGCUGUCGCUCCCCGCCCCGUUGACAAGCUGCGCCCCGUCGUCCGAUGCCCGACCAUCAAGUACAACCGUCGAGUUCGUGCCGGACGUGGUUUCACCCUAACUGAGCUGAAGGCUGCCGGUAUCCCCCGCCUCUAUGCCCCCACCAUCGGUAUCUCGGUCGAUUCGCGCCGCCAAAACCUGAGCGAGGAGUCUCUCGCCGUUAACGUUGCCCGCCUGAAGGCCUACAAGGAGAAGUUGGUCGUCUUCCCCAAGAAGGGCGCCAAGCCCGACCUGAGCAGCACCAAGACCAUCCCCAGCGUUAGCGCUGCGCUGCCCAUCGUCCACGUCCCCGAGGGUGUCCGCGAGAUUAAGAAGGGCGACAUGCCUGAGGCGAUUGAGGGUGGUGCCUACCGCAAGCUGCGUAUGGCAAGAAGCGACGCCAGAUUGAAGGGUGUCCGGGAGAAGCGAGCCAAGGAUAAGGCCGAGGAGGAGAAGAACAAGAAAUAA